AACGAGCUUGGAGGUGUAGAGCUAACUCCGACUUCGAAGAUUAGCAAGCACUUCUCUUCCCAACCAGUCGACGAGCACAUUAAUAUCAUAGUACAGCAUCCGGUUGAAACGAAAGAGAUCCAUUGUACUGGAGGCAAAGCCAAGAAGUCUACCAAAUACCAGCUCUCUGUGCCUCCUGUCGAAGUCGAAAGUUGCGGAAACACCAAAACUAAAAGCCUGCCGUGCUAUCUUGAUAGACUUCCUAUCCAUGCUAAAUACUCAUGUAUGGAGGAGGACUGGGUAAUAGAAGAUGUAAUCUUAAGCAACAAUUUAAAGGGAACUGGUAUAAUUAGACGUGGCCACUUCAACUUUUCGGAUACGGUGUGUACAUCGCAGAUAAGCGAUGAGCACUGGAAAAAUGUCUUGACCCCAUUUUUGACACGGCACAAGUUGAAAAAAGCGCUUUCCACGGAGGAUGACGAAAAAAAGCUGGUGGAAAUGUUCGGAGAGGAAAAUAAACAGAAGCUCUUAGAGCAAGGAAACCUAAAAUUGAUAGUCAGCUUGUGUGAUACCGAAGAGGACACCAUAAAGGUCCUUGAAAUAGUGAAGCGAAUAAGAUUAGCUUUAUAUCUUAAAGAAUUUUCCGAUUGUCGGACUCUAAAUUCACUAGAGACGAAAUGGACAACAUCUAUUCCUUCUGACAUUCUAGACAAGCGGUUGCGAGACAUUUGUUGGGCAUCUGAGCUUAUAAAAUGGGUGAUCAUGCAAUGGCAAGAUGGUACCUUCCUUAAGGAAACGAAGGAACCAUGGGUGAAAACACAGCUAACGUCACAACUUCUUGGACCAGUGAUUGCAGUAAAACAUGAUGAAACUGAGUAUGACGUAGAAAAGAUUGUUGCUAAUAAUAAGAAAUUAUUAUCUCCAAAAAUAAAAGCAAAGAUCCGUAUAGAUGGGCUUGACUAUGCUAAAGAAUUUGAAAAUGUCUGGGUGGAGUUGAAGGGUACUCAGCAUGAAUCUGAAAACAGCAACAACCUUGAGGAUAUAGAUGUAAUGCUCAAAGGCUUCUCGGUAAUGUCUGCAACGCAAGCUCUAACAAUGCCGGAAGAAGCAAAAAAGAAGAUUGGCGAAUUAGAAUUCUUUGGUAUAAGAGGGAUUGGAAAUCACUUUCAAUUCUGGGGUUGUCGUCAAACUUCCAGAUACCUUAUGUGCUCGUAUCUGUUGGGUGAGUUUUACUUACCAUUAUUUGAGGGAAGAGAGGGUAGUGGCUUACAGGAACUGUUGCAUGCGAUAAGUGUUGUUUACUCAUUCAAAACAAGAGUGGAAGUCAGUAAAUUGGCAUUUCAUCGGAUUAUGUCUUCGGCAAUUUAUGAGAGAAAUUUUAAUGCUGACUCACCAAUCCAGACAAAAAGAGUUUAG